GCUAGCGGCCGCCGCGGUGACGACUGUGGCGGAGAAGGCCCCAGGGCCUCUGCGUUCUGGAGCGGCGUUGCUGAGGCUGGUGGCUUCUGGUGUCGGGCCUGAGGAGAACUGCGAGCGUGUUCAGCAUUUCCUGCCGAGAUCCCAGCAACAAUGAGCGCUGCCAGGGAGUCUCACCCGCACGGGGUGAAGCGUUCAGCUUCCCCAGACGACGAUCUUGGAUCUAGCAAUUGGGAGGCAGCAGACUUGGGCAGUGAAGAGAGAAAACAAAAGUUCCUCAGACUUAUGGGUGCAGGAAAGAAAGAACACACUGGUCGUCUUGUUAUAGGAGAUCACAAAUCAACAUCACAUUUCCGAACAGGGGAAGAAGACAAGAAAAUUAAUGAAGAACUGGAGUCUCAAUAUCAGCAAAGUAUGGACAGUAAAUUAUCAGGAAGAUAUCGACGACAUUGUGGACUUGGCUUCAGUGAGGUAGAAGAUCAUGAUGGAGAAGGUGAUGUGGCUGCAGAUGAUGAUGAUGAUGAUGAUGAUUCACCUGAUCCUGAAAGUCCAGAUGAUUCUGAAAGUGACUCAGAGUCAGAAAAAGAAGAAUCUGCUGAAGAACUCCAAGCUACUGAGCACCCUGAUGAAGUGGAAGAUCCCAAAAACAAAAAAGAUGCAAAAGGCAACUAUAAAAUGAUGUUUGUUAAAUCCAGUGGUUCAUAACUCCAAAACACUUAGUCUUUGUAUUAAAAGUAAGCCUUAUUGUUAUAAUGCACAGUGGAGGACUGCUUAUAGAGCACAGACCUUUGUAUUAUAAUUUUUAAAAAGGCCCUUUUAAAUAAUUACAAAGUGUUUGAUUUCAAAUGCCAUGGGUUACACUUUUAUGGGCAUGACUAUAACCAUUUUUGUAAAGAGCAAGAGUUGUAUAAAAUAAGAAAUAAAUACAGUACUCAACUUCCUUUCAUAUUAGCAUCAUCAGCCCUCUAGCCUCACCUUUUUACCUCUGCAGAUGCAUUUAGGGGGAAUAUUUUUUUUUUGUUUGUGGUAGCUGUUCCAUCUUUGUUUUCCUUUUAUACUUUUCUCUUAUAAAGUUUAUGUGAUACUGUGAGAUGUUCAUGAAAAAUAUUCCUUAAUUAUACUUUGUUAAAGAAGAACUGCUUACCAUGAAUAUUUCUGCUGACCACCACAAUCUAAAGUACUGUUGGCAAAAGAUUAGAUACUUAGUUUACUCUUACUGAUUCUUCUCUUUUGGACCAAAGUAAUGAGAAGAAGUAUAUUAAUACCUUAGAAUGAAAUUACAACUGUCAUACAUUUGGAAUGUUAUGAUCCCAGACAAUCUUUAUAUAAUUUGAAUUAUACUGUAUGUUAGAUUUCUGAUAAAAUUUGGCCAAUUUUUACAGAAAUUAUUUCUCUGAUCAUUUAGUCCAAUUUAAAAAUAUGUUAAACUGGAUUUUUCUUAAGGUAAUAUGUGACCAAAGUUCAUCUUUUUCUCCUUAAGGUCUAAAUAAAGAGAAAGCAGUUUCCCAUA